AUGGAGAGAAACAUGGAGUUUGGGUGGAAGAAGCAGAGUGAUCAAGCUAAUGUGGAUGUCACUCCUUUCUUGCUCUUUGAGGAUAGUGGGGAUUCUGAAGCUGCUGAUGAGGUUGUUUCUGAUGUUCCCAUGGCUGAGGAUGAUGCUGAGUCAUGCAGCUGGGACUCAGCUGAUAUUUCCAGUGCUGAUGAGCUCGUCAUAAUCGAUGAUGAUGACGAAGAUGAUCGUGGUGUUCGAGAAUAUCGAAGUUACGUGGAUGAUCAUGAGGAGGAAGAGGAAGUGGAAAUGUCUUCAGUUUAUCAGAGAUGGGGGCACCAGCUGAAAUCAACUGUUUCUGUAGAUUCAACAAAGGAGUUUGAGAUGUUGAAUGAGGUGGAAAAGAGCAAGCUGUUUUGGGAGACUUGCUUGGCAUCAUGA